AGAACGGCAAAAUCUAGAGGGAGGUGGAAGCAACAACAAAUUAGGUGAUGAAGAAAAUUGUUGGUUGAAGCCAUAUACAGCCACCACCACUACUAAUGGAUUCCACCACCAACAAUAAAAAAAUUUCUUCAUGUAACAUUGUGAAGAUUUUCCUUUGUUUCUUAGCGGUUGCUCUUUUAUAUCACCUCCUUUAUCACUCUUCUUACCCUCUCCAAUUCUUUCCUAAUUAUAAACCUGUUUCCUCAUUGGCUUUCGACUCGAACUAUGUAAACACAACUCCGUCAUCAAAUGGCUCCGCGGCUGGAAAUUUGCCUCAUCACUACAAUGAUACUACUGCCAAUGUUUCUGCACAAGGAUCAAAAAAGAAGAAGAAGAAGCAGCAAAAAAGCAAGUUAGAUAAAGUGUUAGAGAAAGCAGCAAUGGGAGACAAAACAGUGAUAAUAACAGCUCUAAAUGCAGCAUGGACAGAGCCAAACUCCAUAUUUGAUAUUUUCUUGAAAAGCUUUAGAGUUGGAAACCAAACAAAACCACUUUUGAAACAUGUAUUAGUUGCAGCUUUGGACCAAACCGCAUAUACUCGUUGCUUGGAGAAACAACUUCAUUGCUAUGCACUCACUACAAAAGGUGUUGAUUUCUCUGGUGAGGCUCUUUAUAUGAGUGAGGAUUAUUUCAAGAUUACAUGGAGGAAAAUUUAUUUUCAGCGUAUUGUUCUUGAGAUGGGAUAUAACUUCAUUUUCACGGAUGGUGAUAUAUUGUGGCUUCGACAACCUUUUGUACAUUUUUAUCCGGAUGCCGAUUUCCAAAUUUCUUGCGACCAUUACUCGUACGACUAUAAGAACUUGAACAAUUCACCAAAUUCCGGUUUUCACUAUGUCAAAUCAAAUCAACGUACCGUCCAAUUUUACAAAUUCUGGUACAAUGCAAGAGAGGCUCAUCCAGGAAAACACGAUCAAGACGUGCUCAACAUGAUCAAAUUCAACCCAUUCAUCAAAGAUAUUGGACUGAAAAUAAGAUUUUUGGACACUGCUCUAUUUGGGGGAUUUUGUGAGCCAAGUAAAGAUCUCAAUCUUGUUUGCACAAUGCAUGCAAAUUGUUGUAUUGGAAUUGAUAAUAAAAUGCAUGACUUAACAAUGGCGCUAGAUGAUUGGGAAAAGUAUAUGGCUUUGCCUGGUGAUGAAAGGGUGUCAAAGCCACAAACUUGGACUGUCCCAAGAAUCUGUGGUUAAAUUGAGUUAUUAAAAGAACAAUCUAUCUUCUUCUAUUUUUCAUGGUCCGUGUAAGUGUACAAUCCUUCAUAUAACUUUUUUUCUUAGUCUUUUUUAUUUAUAUUGGUAUUUUCUCAGUCUGUUCUUUUUCUUUUUAUUUCCUUUUGAGUAUUUUCUCUUAUUAUAAUAUAUUAUUAACUAAUAUUCAUUUACCGUGUAAAAAAAGUUUACACUAUCAGAUCAUUUAUGUUUGUUGCAGCAGGUAACUUGCCUUAUGUUCAAGAUUACCAAUCUCACUUUU